GCCAGUCUGCCACAACCUCUUCAUUACCUCAGAGAACCUUCAUUCUUCUACAAAGAAAGUCCUCAGGUCCAAGUUUUCAAAAGUCUCUAUCUCACCUCACGACACUUGCUCUCCUCAACGUCAGGAUUUGAUCACAAGUCCAAAUCAUCACAAUGUCUCACUCAUCCACAAACACCAACCCUCUCUCCAACCCUUCCCUGGCUCUGUUCGGCUACCUGUUCGACUGCUCGCUCUUAGAGGGUGAUCAACAUCGCCUUCAACAUGAGUAUACCAUGUCAGUCGAAGAGCGUGCUGCCGUCAAGAAGCACUUGUCAGAGACGUUUCGCGCAAUGGUCGAUACCGCAACAGAGAUGCUGCAGAACAAUUGCGUUUGUACCACUUGUGGAGAGCGCCCUUUACAAUCUGGAAGUCGUCAUUGCAACCUCACUGGUGAGGCCGAGGAACUUUGGGAGGAGCUGGUUGAGAAGGUCAUUGCUAUUGAGGGACAACUUUACAAGGUCGAUCUUGGUCACAUCUCUGACCUGAAGCCAAUGUUUGAGGGUGUCCAAGCAGCUUACAAUGCUAGUAAAGUUGCACGCGACUGUGCUAGACAAAACAACUAGGUCAAUGUCUGGAAUAGGAUUGGGACUUUUGAGGCGCAUAAGUCGGGCGGAAAUCUGGGACAUUGAGAGGAGUUUGGAGUUUGGAGUGAUAGAGAAUUGGG